UUUACCAAAUCGGUUCACUCUACAAAACAAAAAGUAGGGUAGAUUAUUCGAAAAAUGUCGAUAAAUGGAUUCAAUAACUUUGGCUUAUCAAUACUUUAUAUGUAAAAAUAUGUAAAGAAGUGACGAAAUCUUAGUCUAUUUCUCAUGAAAAAAAGUCUAUCUUACAUAAUAAUAAAGAAACAUCUUGUAUAACCAGAAUUCUAUUCGACAAAGGUACUUUUAAGAAAUAAUGUGGAUAACAAUGGUUAGUUAAACAAGACAAUGUAAUAUAACUAGCAAGUGGAAUCACGACUUAGAGCCACGUGCACACGUGACUGCAAACACUUCCGAUGACUCAGUGAGCCUGUAAGAACUCUAAUAAUUUGUGUUCGAGCAGUUCGUUUGCCGUAGUAUUGUUUGAAGAAGAUUUUUCAGUUCUAUUCUCUAUAGCAAUUAAGGUUACGAGAGAAAAUCUUUAACUUUGGUUAUUCAAUCUGAACACUAAUUCCACGCUUCAGAUCGUUAGAUUGGUCACGCGAUCUGUACGGAAUCAGUUAACCUGUAUUGGCUGGAUCGAUUUCAGUGAAAUGAAGUAUUAUUUCGAAACGCUACUGUGAUUUUGUCUGUGUUCUUAAAGUCCUGGUAUUAAUACGUUUGUGGAGGUUUAGUGAAACUGUGUGAGACAAAUUAAUGGAUUUUCUACGAUUGCUUUUGUGAUUGAUCUCCUUAUAUUUUAGUUGGUUCCGAAGUUAAUUAUUUUAUACUUGAAAGGUUUUAUCAAAAGUAAUUUUGAUUAUGGGGUGUGAAGAUAAUCUUUUUUUUUGUAUAAAAAGUGUUAGUGUUAGAAAUAUAUAUAUAGUGAAAAAUUAUUCUGACGUAUCGCAAUAUUUAUAUUAUGUAAAAGGAAACCAAAGAAGAAGUUUAUGUUCUGAUUCAAAUGCGAUCUUUUAUUGUCGUUAAAAAGUGACAGAUGCGGACAGUUUUGCUUCGAGAUUUACAAGGAAGACUUGUUAGCAUCGUUACCAUUGUUAACACGCGAAGAUUCGUCGAUGUGUAAAAGUGUGGCGUAACGAAGUCGAAGAUACAUUACUGCAGUUAAUUUUAACAAUAGAAGGAUAACAAUGCCAUAGGAGCGGAACUAAAAGAGUCAACGAAAUAUUCAUGGACAUCGUCGGAUAAGAUUCCAAUUUACCUUGCAUUAUUAUUUGUUAUUGCUAUUUCAUAUUUUAUUCUAUUUUAAUUUUUAUUUUAAAAGUUCUUUUUAUUCCAAUUGCAAUUUUUAAAGUUAUACGUACAGAAUCUUUAUCAACUUUCCUAAAUUGACUAAAGAAUAAUAUUUACUUAAAAUAUUUAAGAAAAAUAUUUAAUUACUAAAGAAAUCUUUUUAUAUUAUAUUUUUUAUAUUAUAUCAUAUUAUAUAUAACUCGAACCUAACCCUAAUCGAACGAAAUUCAUAGUUCAAGAUAAAAACUUCGUUGAAAGUGAAGUAAAAUUAAAAAUACGAAAACAUAUUUAUAUAUAGAAAAAGUACAAGUUUAUAAGAAGAAGUUAACAAGAUAGAAAAUAAAUUUUACAAUUCUGACAACUGUAACCAACGAUGACCGACGUAACUAUCCUAUCGUCCGUGGAGAAGGAAAGAAAUUCUCGGCGUCACGUCGGGUGGUGUCAAUUAGGCGCGUAUUCGCACGCGAAGACCGGAAGAAAGCGUUUAUUGGUCACAUAAUAUAUAUAUUCAAAAUAUUGCAAGGCAAGCGUUUCCACUCGAAGCACCUAAAAAAUACCAUUCCCUAGUAUUUCCAGUUUAUAACGAAUCAUCGUCUUACGUCACAGCUUUACAAAAUGAAGAAGAACAUAGAGCCCAUAAAGCCUAGAACAGACUCGAAAGAAACAACCAACGAAGACAAUCAAGAUACGCGUCCAAGAGACUUGGCAGAAAGUCAAAUAUCAGACACCGAGUCCAAACCGGAAAUGUCUGACCAAGAACCAACAGUAGCGGGACCACGGAGCGGAAGUAGCUUUUUAAAGCGCGACAAGGUGAGUGACAUCCCUCCAAAACAAUUGCCGAUCGAUUCAAAAAAUUCUUCCACGAAAACUUCUUUAAAGUUCCUCAAAAUAAGCUCCAACGAAGAAACUCAUGAAAAUAAAUGGAAAAAAUUUUGGGUUCAUCAUCGAGAUAAGUUUCGACACAAGUCCGAGGAAGAUUUCGCAACGAGGAAUCGAACUUUUGAAGAAAUGACUGCGGAAGUGGAUGCGGUAUUCCGAAAGGCGAUUCGAAGCAUGCGAUUCGAUCGAUCCGAUAGCGAUCGUCGAUUUUUUAACAUUGACGAGAGUUCUCCAGAGAAAAAUGCUGGCCAAGAUGAUAACAAAAACACUGAAAGCAUUUCAGAGUUACCGCAAGCCGUCGAAGCGCCACCUCGAAGAUUAAGAUUGAGUACCAAUCGUAUAAAAGACCGUAAGUUCAUGGAUGUUUCGGCAGGUGAGCAAGGUACCUUUAAAAAAAAAUUCGAGAAAAAUGAUCCUACUCUCAUAAUUUCUGGCGCCAACGAAGAAAAACAGAAAGAAAAUACAUUUAAAGUUAAUGAUGAAAUAUCUGAUAUUAAUUUCCUCAUAGGAAUCAAUGACGAAGAGAAAGAUGUUCGAUUGGAGAAUAAGAUUAGAUCGGAUCGUUCGACUAGAAGGUGGAGUUCGUUGGAAAAUUUAGCGAGAAAGGCGGAAAAUGUUGGAGAAGACUCUUCUACAAAUAGGAUAGAGGGUUUGUCGAUCGAAAGACCAGUUCGAAGCAAAGAGAAGAGAACGAUCGGAUCUUUGAGAUCUUCGUUGGAGAGGAAGAUGGGCUCUGUAGAGAGGAUCUUGGAGGAUCAGAUAGAGAAAAUAUGGGAAGAGAAGGUGGAGAAGCAUCCGUGGCUGCUGCCUAUAGAAAGUUGGAUCGUUGAACGUUGUAGACCCUCUGGAACGUAUAACGACAAGAAAAAUAAUGGUUUGAAGAUGGAGGAGGGGAGGUUGAGCGAGAAAGAGCAGAGUUUUGAUUUCAAAUUUACCGCGCCUGAAAAGAAGGACGAGGUGGGAAGAAUAGAAAUUAAAUUGGAACAUUUAAAGAGACCGGAGAGAUCGGGAUUCGAGACUGCAAAUUUGAUUUCGAGGUUGAGGAAGUCUUCUGAACAGUCGAAGGUAGAGGAGCAAGAGGUUUUGGACGCGAAGGACGUGAAGCAUCAUGAUCUGUUCGAUAAACUCAAGGGCAAUGUUAGAGAGAAAAUGGAAGAUAUUCAUAGGUAUUUCCAAAGGACCAAUCGAUUGGCGGACGUAAAUAGACGGUUAAAGUCACAGAUAUGGAGCUCCGUGGUAACGAUUGUUCUUGUGGAGGCGAAGAAUUUAUUACCGAUGGAUAUAGACGGUCUUUCGGAUCCUUAUGUCAAAUUUCGUCUCGGAACGGAAAAGUACAAGUCAAAAGUAGUGCACAAGACCCUGAAUCCCGUUUGGUUGGAGCAGUUCGAUCUCCACCUUUACGAAGAUCCUUAUUUAGGCCAAGAAUUGGAGGUCACGGUGUGGGAUCGGGAUAAAAGCCAUCAGGAUGACCUAAUGGGAAAAACGGUAAUCGAUCUGACGACGCUUGAACGUGAGACGACCCAUCGACUCUGGCGGGAUCUCGAGGACGGCUCUGGCAGCAUAUUUUUACUGUUAACUAUUAGUGGUACCACCGCUAGCGAAACGAUCAGCGAUUUAGCCGCACACGAAGAAACACCUCGUGAACGUGAGCAAUUAUACCAAAGAUAUGCUUUGGUGAACUCGUUGCAGAGGGUACGAGACGUUGGUCAUUUAACAGUAAAGGUAUUCAGAGCACAAGGUCUCGCGGCAGCCGACUUGGGUGGCAAGAGCGACCCUUUCUGCGUCUUGGAAUUGGUAAACGCAAGAUUGCAAACCCAGACGGAAUAUAAAACGCUGGCUCCAAGUUGGCAGAAAAUAUUCACUUUUAACGUGAAAGACAUCAAUUCGGUGUUAGAGGUGACAGUGUACGACGAGGACAGGGACCAUAAAGUAGAGUUUCUCGGCAAAGUCGCCAUACCUCUUCUAAGGAUAAGGAACGGUGAGAAACGAUGGUACGCGUUAAAGGAUAAAAAACUGAGGGGUCGUGCCAAAGGAAAUUCUGCGCAAAUUCUUUUGGAGCUGAACGUGGUGUGGAACGUUGUCAGAGCAUGUGUUCGAACGUUGAAUCCCAAGGAGAAGAAGUACAUGGAACCAGAGAUAAAGUUCAAAAGACAAGUGUUUUUACGUAACGUUCUCAGGCUGAAGGCAAUCAUCGUUAUCGUGAUUGAUAUUGGAAAAUACGUGCAGAGCUGUUGGGAAUGGGAAAAUAAAAUGAGAAGCAUCAUCGCACUGGUCAUCUUUAUUUUAGGCUGUUACUACUUUGAACCUUACAUGUUUCCUGGAAUAGCACUCCUUAUUCUGUUAAAGUAUUAUCUGGUUGCAGUAAUAACCGGUACGCCCCUAUCGCAUCAAUCGAGUUCCCACUUCCACGACGAGGGUGAUGAAGGUCCUGCCACUCCUGGGGACGACGAUGACGACGAUGACGAUAAGGACAAAGAAGAGAAAAAAAGUCUAAAGGAACGCUUGCAAGCAAUUCAGGAGGUGACCCAGACUGUUCAGAACUCGAUCGGUUACAUAGCCAGUCUCUGUGAAAGAGUGAAGAAUCUCUUCAAUUUCACUGUUCCUUAUUUGAGUUACUUAGCCAUGAUUUUGGCGAUCCUUGGUGUUGCUGUCCUGUAUUUCAUCCCACUAAGAUACCUUAUUUUAGUAUGGGGCGUCAAUAAAUUCUCCAGGAAAAUUGUCCGGCCUCACUCGGUUCCAAACAACGAGCUUCUAGACCUCAUAACUAGAGUGCCCGAUGACGAGGAGCUCCUUAAUUACAGAGAGUUGAAACCAUUACCAACUGCCGAUUGCGAGAAGAGCAGUGCAUCGGGUAGUCCAGGUGCGUCGAAUUUAACGCGGAGGGAACAGAGGAAAAGGCAUAAGGCCGCGUAGCAGCAUGCCCCGCGGCCGGAAGUCGCGGGUCUACGAUCACCGAGCAUCCUGAGGACGAUCCUGCUGCGCCGUAAGAUGCGCCAGCGAAAGGGAUCAGCGGAAAAUCCGGAUGUGAUCGACAUAGACUGAGAAACGUUUUGUUUCCACUCAUAGUUGUCUAGCUAGGGGGGAUUUUCAUCAUUCUAGUUUCCAGUCUUACCUGGUCACGUUAAGAACACCUCGCGUGGUAUAUCUUCGAAGUCUGAACUGUUUUAUUCUCAGUGAGGGUAGUUUUACAUCAUAUUAUGAAGAGAAAUAGGAAAUAGAUAAGAUAUAGUUAGAGGAUGAAAAAGAUCAACCACCAGAUGGUCGAGUUCACUGCAAUAAGAAAGAGAAAAGAAGAUUGUAAUCACAAUAUUCAGAAGGACUUCCGCAUUUUUAUAGCAUAAGAUAUUCAAAGUUGCAACUAUAUUCGGUAAUUAAAUACGUAUAUACGUAAUAUAAAGUCGCUAGAUAUCUAGAUAAAUCUCCGGGACAUACCACGCAAAAUUGUUAUUAGAUACUGUUUCGAUUCGAUAGUUGGAACGAUUAGUAGUUGUAUCAAACGACUCGACUAUAAUGGUGUUGGUGAGUCUGUGUGUAUGAUCAUCGACAAGGAAGUCAAAAUGAAAGAUGCAAUUUCCCGAUAAUGCUCUCAUGAAAUUAACGACAGUAAAAUAUUGAAUUUUAUUCUGAAUAUAUAAUAUCUAUUUCCUUGAAAAUUAAAAAAUUCCAUAAAUUCGAAUGAAACGAGUUUAGUAAACGUAACGUUAAGAAAGAAACAAAUUGCGAUAAAUUGUCGUUUGACUUUCCUGUGUGAAAAAAAACGAAGGAAAACAAACGAAUAGACAAACGUUUUUGAAAGUAUAUAUAUAUAUCUGGUUUCAACGGAAGAACCACGUUUCAAAUGUAUCAAAACUCAACGAAGAAUGUGCGUUCGAUAGCGGUAUAUUAGUUAACAAUAUCGACGGAGAAGAGAUACCAUAGUCAUUUAAAGAAGAAAAACGAGAAAAAUACGCGAGAGUAAUUCCCACUAACGGGCUAUCCUCGUCGAUCCGUUUCGUCCAUCGGUGUCGUAGAUAUAGCUGCUACAGAAUCGUUACCAGUGACAGAGAGAGAUAUUAACAAGUUUAAAAGAAAAAAAGAGGAAAAAAUAUAAAAAAAAAGAAAGGAAAAAAAAAAGACAAAUAUAGUUGUUCUACGGCGGUCUUAUUUAACCGACAAAAUUCGCUCGACGAGUUGUUUCUUCCAUUUCAAGAACGACGGAUAGAAUCAGUUAUUCGACAUUCACACAUCUAAACUUUAUUCUAUAUAUUAUAUUAUUGUAAAAAAAGAAAGUAAUAACAGUUCGAUCGAUAUAUAUAGUCUGUUCUUAUUCGAGUCUUCGCGCUACCUCGUGCUGUAAUUAUCGCGUUAUAGUCUCACGAUUGUAAUUUUACUAUUCAACGAUCGUUGAGGAGCUAUUCGUCGUUCGUGAAAUCAGUUUAUUAUUUAGUCUUUUACCGUUAAGACCUCUCGAAGUGUCCUAAUGUUAUUUUCUUUAAAUAGUAUUUAAUAUUAUCGAAUUCUUCGUUCCAACGCACACUGUCACGCGUUCAUUCGCCUCCUCGAGCAUGAAUACAAUAUAAUUAACAUAUGCUAUAACGAGCAUCUUUGCGUGUGGAAAAUUGUAAAAAGUGACAGAGUUUCUCUUUACGGUUGAAUGAUAGAAUUUUAUUACAAUUGUUCACGUUAUAACCAGGAACAUAUCGCAGUUUAAAUAAAAGGAAAAUAUUCAAUUUCUAAUAGAAUCGUGCUGGGUAAUGGCAUUAUGCGAUUUCUUUGUACAAAUCAUGGUAAUUAACGAAGAAACCGUGGAAAAUAUUAGUCGUGCGUGAAGAUGUUCGGAAGAAACCGGAAAAAAGCAUAGAAAGGGGCAGAAAGUUUCUCCGACCAGUUGUAUUACUAUUUUUAUAACAAUAAUAGUUAUCGCUGUCCUCGUGACAAUAGUUUGUAGCUCUUGCGAUUAAAUAACGUUCCUGCCGGACCUCGUAACUUUCUUCAUUGUGAAUAUUACGCUGCGUUCUUUUUAUACUGGUUUUUCUCUCAUUGUGUAAUCAUCAUCAUAAUAUUGUCUCUGUAAAAAGGAAAAACCACUUUACUUCCGUUAUGUAUGUUCCAUUUCCGGAUAGUUACGAGCUCGCGUUGUCGCAAAAGCAAUAAUAGCCGAAUAAAGAUAUUAAUAUUACAAUUUUAAAAGUUGUACAUCAAGUAUUAUAUGAAAAAUAUCGUAAAAUUAUGCGAUGACUAGCAUGCGACUAGUAAAAGAUUCAUAAAAUAAUUAUAAACGAAAUUUUGUAUUUUCGAGUACGUUUUAAGGAAUUUAUUAUAGAGUAAAAUUUGGCUAAUUAGCGUUUUGUCAAAUGAAUAUGGGUAAAUCCGCCAUGGCAAACAUGCUUGAGGAGGGAGGCAAAACGCGUUGAAUUAAUUAUUCCUAACCGCGAUUUUACGGUUCGUGCCAGCCGAUGAGAAAGCUGAAAGGGGAAGGAGAGAUAUCGCUGAUCCAUUUUUUCGCUUUUCUAACUCGGAACAUCGCGGCAUCGCCAAUUUUUUUCCAAGUCUUUCGCUAUCGCUUUUCUCGCUGUUUCUUGUAUUUGCAUGAUCGUGAGGUUCAUGAUGUCAGUAAAACCACAAGUGUUGUAAAAGAAAAUUGUAUCUUUCGAGUACAUUUUCACUCAUAUUUGACCCUUUGAAGCGUUAUAAAUAUUUUUUAUAUUUCAUUCGAAAUUUUUAUCUCCUUUUUAAUACAUUUAUAUAAUAUUUUUAUAUAUUCAAUUAUACAUAUUUUAUUUUUUGUAUAUUUAUAAGGAUACAGAGAUACAAUUAUAUUGUUGAAUUUAUAAAUCUGCAAUUCUAACUUAACUGUAUAAAACAAAUUUAUUAUGGCUGCUUAGUACAGUCUUUUAAAAUGCAGUUUGUGUUAAGAUGAAAAUUUCAGAUGAUCGAAAAAGAAGUUACUAACAGACUGAAAUUAUUUUAAACAACUAAUUCAUGUAAACACACAGAAUAUUUUUUAACAUUUAAAAUUAUGAACCUACAUAAUUUUAAUAUCCUGUACGCAUAUUUACAUAUUUAUAUUCGAAAUAUUGAAAGAAAUUAUAAAAAUUACUAGAAGUAGAGUUAGUUCUUAGAUUAUUAAAAUUAAAUAGUAGAUACUAAAAUUAUCCUAGCUAAAUCGUCGUUAAAUAACAUGAUCGGUCAACUGUGAAAUUGACGAAUCGUAAUUGAAAUCAUGACUGAAAGUUCCGUUAGCGUAAUUCUAUCCCCAUCUUCCGUAUUUUAUCUUGGUAGGAAAUUAAAGAAAUCGGACUAUAACCGGAAGUAGUUCGCGCUUCAAAGGGUUCAAAUGUAAGUAAUAUCGGCCAUAAGUAUUAAGACAACUCUUGAUACUUAGUACAAAUUAGAUGCAUUUCACUGUUUUUAUUUUUGUUACAAAUGUGUUAUUUCAUUCGCGUUACCUAUGUUUUAUAAAGUAAAAAAACUAAGUGAAAUAAAAUUUAUUUGAAUUAUUUAAUAAAAUCUUAUGGAUCGGCAAAGAAGGUAUACUAUUUAUCGUUUACUGUCACGCGUUCCUACAUUCUUUUGUUUAUAUAUGUGACACUUUCGGCCAAUACGCGUGCUUAACUUUACGAUCGUGUUGGGUCUGCUAACAACCAAUCAGGCUAGUGUUUCUUCCACAGGACUUUCUUUGAAUUCAGCAGUAUAACUAAGUGUCUUAAAUAUGUACAUACCUAUGGUCAGCGGUGCAUAGUAACGUUUAUCGCCGAUUUUGAGCCUGAGUCGAGGGACAAAACGUAUAAUACAGAACACACUGAACACUUACACGUGAACGUGAGAUGCAUACGAAAAACGAGGGAAAAUUAGGCGAUUCUUUCUAUCAUGUAGAAUCUAAUCAACGAACUUUCUUCGUAAGUGAAAAACUUGUGAUAUUGCAAAUCAAUUUCAUUGUGUUUAGGUCGAGAGAUGUAGAGCGUGUGAUUUAAAAUUUCGUGACUAUAGCUAAACAGAAACUUUUCUUUUUUAUAGAUCUUAGUUUAGCUUCGUUUUAUUAUAAGGCGGACAAUCAGAAGUAUGAGUCGAUUAUUGAAUUUGUUGGUGUUGAUUUUCGGGAUUUUAAAUCACAUAGCUGAUAAGUUGUUUUCUAUAGUCAUUCCAUACGACAUUCCUUGUAUUGAAAUUGUGUGGGUACGUGGAUUCACUGUUCCAUUUAUGUUUUCCAUGAAAUUGUGAGAAUAUAUUCUCUUGGUAAAUUUUGCUAAAAUGCUUUGUAUUCAGAUAAAAGAUAAAUUUAAGUAACAGAUAAACAAUGAUGUGGAUAACAAUUCAUUGUAUUCUUUUCAAAAGAUUAUAAUGAAUAGUGUGCUCAUGCAAUUUCAUUUUUCAGUCAUUUGGUAACAUUUAAUCACAUUGAAGCGUCGGUUAAAUAUUAGCACUCAUAACAACAGUAAAUAUAAUUACCAACGAUAAUCGUUGUGACCAUAAGCAAUAAAAUACUCAAAACAGUAAAGGUUCGGAACAAUUAAUGUUAGUGACUAUUAGCAACGCUUAUGUAACACAUUAACGCUAAACAGAUCACUAACCUUGGUAAUGAAUAAUCACUUGUAAUGGAAACGAUUAUUGAAGAAUCUACUUAUUGUUAAUUAUUUCUGGUAAUUAUUAUUAUUAUUAUUAUUAAUUAUUUCUGACAAUUCGAAAACUAUAAAUUUUCCAAUACUGGACUACAUAUAUUUGUAUUGUUUUCAUAGUCAUAUUUAUUCGUUCAAUCAUUAAGUUCCAUAACUUAAAAUUAAUUUACAAUUACAACAUGCGAUUUAAAUCAUUCAAAAGCUAGACAACUACAAAUAAAUAAUAAUUAAAUUACAGUUUUUGAAGAUAGUGUGAGUAUCGAUCGACGCUUCAAGAGAAACUAUUCCCGUUCUACACCGUGGUUUUUCUACUCUUCCAAUUUUGUACUUCCAACAAGGUGUAUAAGAUAUUUCAAAAACAUUGCUUUCUCAAUUUUAAAAGAGACAUUUUCCUCCGUAUAAGCAUCUCACCGACAGAGAAGGAAAAUAGUUUUCUACGUCUGCUCUUGUAAUUUGAGCCGUUUCUUUCGGAACACGGUUGUUCAAGCGCAAACAGGGAAACGUAAAAAGAUACGAGCGGUCAUACAUUCACGCGUAUAUUCAUUAUUAUCUCGUGCACGCACUUUCAAGUUUGCAUGCUCCAGUUUCUUCGUGUUAUAUGAAUCUUCAUUAAAGUGUCUUAGCCGUUAAGAGGAAAGCAAGGCCGAAAUACGGAGAGAGAGAGAGAGAGAGAGAGAGAGUGAGAGCGAGAGAGAGAGAAAGAAAGAGAACAUGAGAAAUAGUGAAAAAAAGAAUAUGUAGAAAGGACGAAUUUGAUUUCCACGAAAUCACACUAGGGCGCGUAUAUUUUUCCCGAAUUCUGUCCUCUGGAUGAGUGUUUUCUAUUUCUAAAACUCCAUUUUAUUUAUUAUUGGUCAUUGAAAAUGUUCGUAGUGCUCUUAUUAUAAAUAGAGUAUAGAUUUUUAUGCAUUUAUGAAAAAUUUGGAAAUGCAACAGGAUUAUAUAAAAUGUCCAAAGUAUAGUAUCCUCUACAAUAUUUAAUAGAUAAAACAAUUUCUUAUUCAAAUUGCAAUUUCUUAAUUAUAUUCGUAAAAAUGUGAAUUUGCAUGAAUAUACGUAGUCUGAUUAUGUAUUUCAUUCAAAUAAUAAAACGAAUAAAUAUUAUUCGUAUAAAUAUUAUCCUUAGUUGGAUACUAAAGUGAAUUAAAGAGAAAUAUCGAGAAUUCGUUAAUGAACUAAAUCUUUCUUAACUUUCGCUACGAAUUUUCGAAUUCUUCAAAUAUAAAUUAUACAAAUAUAAAUAUAAAUUAUAAAUUACAAGUUUCUACAUGUUUCAAUUCAAUUCGAAUUUGUUUGCUUUCAUCGUAGCUGAACGAUAAAGUGAUAGUGAUCCAGAUGGCAGAUCGAUCGACAAUGCUCCGCACAGGUCUGUUCGAUAGGACGAACGAACAUUAAAUUUAAGAUAAUUAGAUAGAGUUUAAAACACAAUUUGUGAUUCGAUCAGUGGAUUAAUCGAGUAAUCGAAAUUGAAGUCACGUGUGAAGCAAAGAAGGUUCGCACCAAGUCCAGAUCGGUUGAUCUCGAUCGUACAAAAAUAAAUUAGAAAAACAGACAAAAAAGAGUGAAAACUGGAAGAGACGAGGAUAAAGACAAAGCGAUAAAAUGUAUAGGUAUAACCAUUAAUAUAUUAUUGUAUUAAAUUAUAUAUAUACACACAUGCAUAUACAUAUAUGACUGUUAUUUAGAUCGAAUUCUGGAACUUGGUCGGCAUUCUCAGUGUUCCCGACAAAAAUGUACUUACGACAAAAGGUGAUAAGAUUCAUUAUUAUAUUCAUAAAAUUAAAAAUAAAGAAAGCUUUUAAUAUCCAA